GGGAGAGGGUUCCUGUCUGCAUGUCUGCUCUGGGGAGAUAGGACUGUGUGUGAUCCCAGCCAGGCCAGCCCUCCUCUCCAGCACUCUCGCCAGAGAGACCCCCGCAGCCAGGGGGUCCUGGCAGCUCCCUUCUGGCCUGGGGAGCAGCUUCCAGCAGGGCGAAGAGUACGUGGUGCUGAAGCGAGGCUCCCGGGAAGCGGCGCCUGGCCUACUGGCCGGCAUGGCCCUGUGGGAGGGCCGGCGGGCAGGGCCAGCUGAAGGGCCUGCAAUGCCCCACAUCCUGGUCACUGACGUCAGUGCUUCGUCUCCUGGGGGGCAGAGCCCUGCAGCCUGGGGCAGCCCUGUGACAGCCCCCAACCCACAGCCUGAGCCAGAGCCCCCAAGAGCGGCAGAGGAGGAUGCAGAGAGCGUCUCCAAGCCUGCGUCGGAGCAUGAGGCCUCCGAAGAUGGAGGGAGCAGCCUGGGCUCCAGCCCUGUGGCGCUGGACCUGGUGGAGAAGGAGUGGCUGCAGGGGGCAGCCAGUGGCCACCUGCUCACCCUGAGUCACCUGCUCAAACAGGAGCCAUCCCUAGCCACCAGGAAGGACUUCACCUCGACGGCGCUGCACUGGGCGGCCAAACACGGCAAGGAGGACAUGGCCUCGCUGCUGGUGGCUGCAGGCGCUGAUGUCAACAUGCGAGCGGGCUACACCCCCCUGCACAUUGCCGCACUGCAUGGGCACCGCCAGGUCAUGGACCUGCUCGUCCGGAGCUACGGUGCCAAGCAGAACGUGCGGGAUUACAGCGGGCACCUGGCCAGGCACUACCUGAGAGCAGACAAGCCCCUGGACAGAGCUGCCACGAUGCCCCAGCUGCCAGAAGUGCACGGCAGGAACAGGGCUCUGGCCUGCCUGCUCUUGCCCAAAGGCAGCAGCCGGGCCCGGAAGUGCUGGGGCUCUGCCGAGGACCUGAUGGAGGAGGAGGAGCGGGGGCAGGCGCAGCACCUCACCGUGCCAGACUCGUACCGCACCGUGCGCAAGUUCUCCCGCUAGUGGGGCCGGCUCCUGGCCCCUGCCAGCCCCAGCCCCAGUCCCACCCGCUGCCGGGGGGCUCAGGCUGCCCCGAGUGCUCAGGGUCUGGGGAAGGGCAGUGGAUGGGCCCUGCUAGCGACUGCCCAGCCGGAGCAGGGCCAAGAGGCGCCGUGUUUCCCAAAGUUCAUACUAACACAGCUCCUCCCCCUGUCCAGUCCUGACCUGCAGCCGCGGCUGUCCUGCCCUGGCGAUUCCCGUGUGCGUGGCGCUGACCAUCACCCUCGGUGGUGGGGCUCGCUCGUUACAGCCCAGCUGCACCUCGCCCCUGCCGCACUCUGCUUUUUUCUAAUGGAUCCUGACACUGAAAUAAAACACUGUGUGCA